AACAUACCUGAGUGAGCUGCCACAGUGUAGGCAAACAUCUGGGCUGUGUGGAGUUCCUCUGGGAUGCUCGCUUGUCACCUCCGCUAUUUCCCCCUUCUAAAUAGAGCUAUUCCGUUUUUUUCCGUUUUUUAACUAAAAUAUAUCGUGCAAUACGCUCUAUAAAUAUCCCAGUGAACUUAAAUAUCAGAGAUUAGAUAACAAAUCUCCAGGAAAUUCUUUAUAAAGUGUUCGGUGGAAGCGUAUACACUGUACGGUAUGAAAUCUAACCUGUGCUCUGCUUAAUGUGUUUAGAAAAUUAAACCAGACUUCAGAAUUCUGUGAUUUUAACUUUGAUCUGUGGUUUAGAUCUGUGAUAUUAAAGCUAAAUGAUGUUUUAGAGAUCUGUGAUCGCCUUGGAUUCACAACUUCAACACUGACGUGUACCUCUGAAAGAUCAGUGACUUCAGGACCCACCUACACCGUAGUGAACCUAGACAGUGUGUUACUGCCAUCAACUUAGGUGUUGGCAAGUGAGCCAAUGAGGUAACAAAGAUGGGAACAUUCCAGAAGUUCUGCUUGAGGUGGAACAACCAUACCAGCAACCUGUUAGGAACUCUAGGUCACAUUCUUACUUCAGAGCAACACACCGAUGUGACUUUAUGCUGCCAAGGAGAGGUUUGGAGAUUGCACAAACUGGUGCUGUGUGCAUCCAGCAGUCACUUUGAAAAUCUGCUUGGUGCACUACCCCCAGGAAACUCUCCAAUUGUUGUGCUGGAUGGUCCUCACCCGCAAGACGUGGCGUCCCUCAUACACUUCAUCUACCACGGCGAAGUGAAUGUCGACCAGGAGAACCUUGCGUCUCUCCUUAGAACAGCAGAGAGUCUCAAAAUUAAGGGACUGGCAGAAGUUUCAUCUGUAACUAGUGAACAGAAGUCUCUGAGUGAUGGAGAUAACCAAAGACAUCACAGCAGAGGAAGGUCAAGACCCAGUAAUUGCCAGUCUGCUCCAAUAUAUACUGUAGGGACUGAGUAUCCUGUAGGGAUGUAUGGACUAAUUCCACAGAGUAUAUCACCUCAUAAUCAGCUACCUGAUCCACUAGAGCGGGACCCAUCACCUCUUAACUUAUCUUUCAACGGUUCGUUAAAAAAUAUCCAUGAUGAAACGCCUCAGGAGAGACAGGAGAGACGUAAUCGUUUAGAUGACCUCCUCUAUGCUGCCACUGAGCGAAGCAAAAAGGAAGAGAGGCGGGAAGCUCGGCGGGAGGCGCGAGAGGCGGCCUUACGCGAAGCUGCGGCAAUCCGCGAGUCUUCAGUGAUGAUUACCCAAGAUCAGGUUGUCAUUCCUCCGGCAUCCAAACGUGCUAGAACGACCGAAUCUUCUCGAACAACCGCCCUGCCUGCCCACCCAGCGUUCCACAUCCCUCUGAUGAACCUUAGCCUACCUCCUAAUGCAUCGACUUCUGUUAUCACAUCACAAAGCAUCUCAUCAACACAGACUUCUCAUCUACCAGAAGCUAUAUCGUUAGCAGAAAAGGCAGCUGUAGGUUUGCACACUCAAGAAGUUGAACCAGAGCAACAUAAUAAUCAAGAUAUGGAAGCAGCUACUCAAAAAUCUCCUGUCAAGAUUGAGAAGAUUGAAAUUUCUAGUGAUAUCACCAUCAUGGAAGAUGUAGCUGUGAUCAGCGACGAGAGCGACACUCAGAGUGCCCCAGAAACUCCGAGUGAUUUAAUUGUUGUUCCCGUGGCACCGGUUAUACCUCCAGCCACUACCACAACAGCAACGCAAGUGCCUAGUACUGGGGCACUGGAGGAUAUUAAUGUGGUAUCGGCAUGCAGAGCGCCAAUCAUCCUAAACAAUACCAUAAAUGCCACAGCUGGUGCUUCCGUCGCUCCUCUCUCGGAGAGCAAUGAGGAGAAGGUCACGCCAUACUUCCACAGCAUCCUACAACAAGUCGCUGAAGGAACGCCUACGGGGGAGCCAGCAUCCUCGAAUUCUCAGAGAGUUACUAUUAAUAUGAGAACUUUUAAAGAGGAAUGGCGACGACAACUCUUGGUGGAUUAUGACACACGGACCAAUAUGAGCAUUUGCAUGCUGUGUUUCACUACCUUCAAGUCGUACGACGGUCCCAGAAAAAACACUUAUGUCAAACAUGCUAAACGCUUCCAUCCAUCGCUCGAAGAAUAUUCCGAAGAGGAGAGAGAUCUCAUCAUCAGCAUGUAUGAGAAGUAUCAUAAGUAUGAUGUGGACAUGCAGAAAGAAGUCAAUAAAUCAUACAGAGCUGCAAAUGCUAUAGUUGCACUAGGCAAGAAAGGCAUCAAACACUGUGACAUUAAUGCAGAGGCAAUUACUGUGAGCGAACUAACCACCAAGGUAAAUAACGAAGGAGAAGCACAGGAGGAAAAUCUAGAGGUUUCAACAGAGAGUAACAGCCUAAGAGAAGAAGAGGUUACGUGUGUCUCAGGUAAAAGUCGCUCCCACACUCCAGAGAGUGACAUCAGCUUAGAAACAAAUGAAAAGCUCUCUGAAAGUUUUGAUGCUGAAGAAAUGAGAGAAAAAUUUGAAAAUAAUAAUGUAUCACCACCGCUAGCAACAAAAAGGAGCCAGAUGAACACUCGUGCUAAAACUGCUGCUACUGCUGCCACCGUUGCUGUGUGAGUGUGCGUGUUUUACCACUGCAGCUGUGUACGUACAGGUGCUCUUUGACUUACAGUGGAGCUAUGUUCCGAUGAACCCAUUGUAAGUCAAAAAUAUUGUAAGUUGAAUGUGAAUAUGAUAUGCUAAAUAAAUAACUAAGUAAUGCUUAAUAAUUCGCAAACAGGCAAAAUUAUUUACAAACAUUAUCUCUCAGUCCGCAGCAGGAUUUAGAGGAUACAGAGUUUGUAGGUUCAAAUUCUGCUGUGGACUGAGAGAUAAGUUUUAUAAGUAAAAUAUUAUCACUAAAUAAACAAAUAAUUACCGUAAUUUAAUACCAGUAUCAAGAAGUAAAGUGAAUAGAAAUUAUAGACUUGCUGCCUUCAUGCUGGGUUAUUAUCUUAAGGUUCAUUUCCAAAUUGCUUUUGCACUACCAUAAAGUCAAAAUAUGGUAAGUUGAGGAGCACCUGUACUCUGACAGCUACUCUGACAGGUGUUGUGAGUGAAUGCAUUCUUCCUGCUACUGCCACAGAUUGUGUGUGCUCAUUUUUACACCUACUGACACACUUGUAUCAGUGUUUGCGUUCUUACUGCUACUGCCGCAGUUGUUGUGUGAAUGUGUGUUCUCUCAUUCUGGGCAACACUAUAGUUCAAUGUUAAUGGAAAAUUAGGUACUGUAAAUUAGUUUUUAUGAGGUAUAUCCUAGGACUUGUGAUAAUUACCUAGCAAGCGAGGCAGUUUAGAUAAUUUCCACUGCUUCUUACAACGCAUACCGUAUUUUCUGGCAUAUAAGGUGCACUUUUUUUCCCAAAAUAAGUCCUGGAAAAUCAGCUUGUGCCUUAUAUGCUCAAGGUCAGGGUCAAGGGUAGGCUUUGUGUUAUGCUUCAGAAGGUGUUUACUAACGUUAUGUUACAGCUGGUUGGAAACAUCGUGCCAGCAAGCAGGCGACACUCAUCCACCUUGGUUGCCAGAAAAUACAUUACCUAAUCAACUUUCCAUUUCUCAUAUAUCAUUAAGAAGCAUAUUCCACUAAAAAUAUUGUAACAUUUCUUAAUUUUCUCUUAACAUUUAGUAACAGUAAACACAUCAAGACAUAUUUACAAACAAAUGUGUGAGAUAUCAAUGACGGUGAAUGUUUUAUAAACUCAGAUCAUAUCAAUAUUUGUGCUCAAAAGUCAAACUGUAGGUCAUGUUUGUGUUGCAGUACUCUAAUAAGUCUCUUUAGAGAUCAUAAGAUAAAGGAGUAUAUUUUUUAUUAACAUACAAACUGAACCUUUCUUUUUUGGCUAACCAUAUCAAGCAAAAUGCUGAAAAUUCAUUAUGAAUGAAUGUAAUAGUUCAGUGGAGUGGGAGGGAUUUGAACCUCUGGUCCAAGAUGAGCCUCUAUGGUACAUUGGACUGGCUGAUAGUCUCGGGCUGAUGGCCUAGAUUUCAAUAAUUCCAGUGGAAUGUCUAACAUAUUACAGUGGACCCUCUACUAACGACAUUAUUUCAUUUCAGACGUUUGUUCGGGUGCCGCUACCGACCGAAUUUGUUCCCAUAAGGAAUAUUGUGAAAUAGAUUAGUCCGUUUCAGACCCCCAAAAAUUCACGUACAAAAGCACUUACAAAAAUACACUUACAUAACUGGUCGAGUUGGGAGCUGAUCGUUAGUUGAGGGUCCACUGUAUACUCAUAUUUUUGAAGUUCUCUAAGCAUUUCAUUUCGUACAUGUUAAAAUCAGUCAAGGUCCUGAAGUAAGCACUGCUCACAAUGACUGAUGAACAGGAUGUUCCGAGCGUGUUUUAUAUGUACAAUAUAAGCAUGAUGAUCCCCUUAGUGAGCAACUGUCAGCGAAUAAAGAGAAGAAUGUUCUUGGACUUGAGCUGUGGUCCAUAAAGAGUUCAGGAAUUCAAUCAUUCUUUUGUUUAUUCAAAAACAUGCUAAAGCAACUCUAAAAACAAACGUAAUAAACACCACACAAACAACCCGCACAUAGGAGAAAGAAACUCGUGAUGACGUUUCGAUCUGACUUGGAUCAUUAACUAGACACACACAAGCAUGAAGGGAAGGGAGCAAGUACAGUAAAUCCUUGACUUACAAACACAUUGGGGACCUCCUGAAUUGUGAUAACAAUAUAUAAUAAUGAUAUUAUACACUAUAAUGCUAUAAUAAUGACAUUUUACACAACACAGAAGAUUCUCAACAUGUUUGUAAGUCAAGGUCUUACUGUAUAUACAUGUACAUGAGAGGGGAGGAUGGAGCCGGGAGGACGAGGAGGUAGUACAGCCUCUCCUCACUUAACAACGGAGUUCCGUUCCUAAGACCACAUUGUUAAAUGGUAGUGGGUUUGUGUCAACCAUCUUUGAUAUUGUUUUAAUGUCACUUUUGCACCAUUUAUAACUUUUCUGGUAUAUUUUUAAAUGUUUAUACAUUAGCGUACUGUAUGUUGUAAUGAACAGAAUAGAGGAAAUCAGCUCUAAUAUACAUUAUUUAGGUAUGAAUACUGGUCAGAGACUCCGUCGUAAAUCCAAGGCGUUGGUAAACGAGUAUGUCGCUAAGUGAGGAGAGGCUGUAGUAUAAAGGUAGAAGUAGUGUUAUAUAUAUCUGCUCCCUUCCCUUCGUGCUUCGGUGUGGCUAGUUGAUGAUUCAGGUCAAACCAAAAUAUUGUAGGUUUCUUCUUUUAUGUGCGGGUUAUAUGGGUAUUGUUCCAGUCAUGGUAUUGUGCCUUUUUAUCCUUUGUGUAAUAAACACCAUUCAGUGGCACAAAUACAAACAAAUAAAAUAAAACACAAACAGGAAGAGCACGGGAGCUCAUCAGUGUACCAACACAAACAGGAAGAGCACGGGAGCUCAUCAGUGUACCAACACAAACAGGAAGAGCACGGGAGCUCAUCAGUGUACCAACACAAACAGGAAGAGCACGGGAGCUCAUCAGUGUACCAACACAAACAGGAAGAGCACGGGAGCUCAUCAGUGUACCAACACAAACAGGAAGAGCACGGGAGCUCAUCAGUGUACCAAUGCCCCGAGUUACAAAUAUCUGCACUUGUGAAUUUAGCAAUUAACAUCCAGUUACGGAGUAUUUUUACAACCGACGAUACACAUUACGAACAUACGUCACAUCUUGUAUUAUUGUUUUCAUGCAAACUUAUUUGUAAGCUGAAACACCAAGAAUGUAACUUGUUUGUAAAUUGAAACACUAGCAGUACAACUUGUUUGUAUGUUGAAACACAGCAACACAAUUCCUGCUUAUCCCUAACUUUCAAAAUUUUUGACUAAAAAUCCGAAGAUAUGUAUGUAUGUUCAUGAUUAAAUAUGUGUGUAAAUUUGGGGCAUUGGUAAUUGAUAACAAAAGUGACAUUGAAGAAGAAACACAGUUGCAGAGGAAGCUAUUAUUGUAUCAUUUUCUGCUGUUUAAUUAUCCAUUUGUAGUUACAGGGGGUAUCGUUUAUACAUCUUGUAAGUUUCUGACCCCAUGCGGUAAGCAAAAAUUGCCGGCGGGUGGAAAAGAGUAAUUUUUCAUUAUCGAAUGCAUCAAAAAUGCCAGAUAACAUGUUUGUGUUAUCAUAUAUUAAGUGCUUAGUACACCGAGGAAUAAAAAACAGAUAAAAUAGUAAAAUAAAUAUACGUGGUACGUAAUGUAUUUUCCGGCAUAUAAGACCCACAUUUUUUCCCACAAAAAGUCUUGUAAAAUCAUCCUGGACCUUAUAUGCUCAAGGUCAGGGUCAACGGUAAGCUUUGUGUUACUAGUUGUUUACUAAUGUUAUGUUACAGCUGCUUGGACACAUCGUCUUAUGUGCUCGUGUGGGAAACAUCGUCCUACAUAUGCCUUAUAUGCUCGUUCACCAUAUAUAUAUCAGAAAAUACGGUACAUUACAUAAGAAAAACAUAAAAAAGAGCACUGCAGCAGGCCUAGUGGCCCAUUCUGAGCAGGUUCAAGUCACUUACUGGCCUAAGCUAGUCAGGUGCAAGUCACAUCCACUUAAGAAGGAAGGAGCACUGCCUCAGACCCAUUAGCACAAGUUAGUCAGGUCCAACUCACACCCACCCACGCCCACUCAUGUAUUUGUCUAGCCCAUUUUUAAAACUGCACAAUGUUUUAGCUUCAGUGUCGCUGCCGGAGAGUUUGUUCCACUCAUCCACAACUCUUUUGCCAAACUUACCUUAAAAUAUGGUGCUGGUUGCCCUUUCCUUUCCUGUUGUGCAAAAAAUGGCAGAAAAGCUGCAAAAGCACCGAACAUAAUGAACAGUGGCUCAGUUGAGACAUGUAGGUUAGUACAAACAGGAAACGUGCCCGUCUCAUGCUCAACAGAUGGAGGAUCGAGCUUCCACCAUGUCUUGUGCCAAAUGUCCCACAUGGGUUUAGCACCUAACAUGAAAUAAACAAAAUAGUGGCUCAACUAAAAGGGAACAAAAACACGGAACAACAACAAGAGGGUGCCGAAUAAGCAGGGGCCUUCUCAUACCUGUUUGUGGCUACAACAGCAGAGUGACGCCCAUGGUGCCCCAUCUACAUUACUCUCUUCAUCGUAUAAUUUUUCAAAAUUUCCACUGGUAGUAGCACAUACGACCCUUUUUUGUAAUUCAUUCCACUUGCCUACCACUCUUUAGAAAAAUUUCCUAAAGAAUAAAAAGGCACAAUACCAUGACAGGACUUGUUAAUGGUUCAAGUUGGACCGAAACAUUGAUGUAAAUU